AUGUCAGACAAUGCCGAAUCUGCUACUAAAAAUGAAGAUAAAACAGAAAAGGAUGCGACGUCAUUAUUAGCAUCACCCGUCAAUAGUGUAGAUUCAUCAGCACCCGUUCGUUUAUUUGGACAAUUUAAACAAAAUGGAACAUGUUUUGGCGGUUUCGGUCGAUUAUCUUCUGAUGGCGAAAGUUCUUCAGUUCCAACAACGAGUUAUUUCACUAGCACACUUUCACAAUUUUCAUCGACAAACGGCGGGGGAUUUCGUUCAUCAUCAACUUCAUUAGCUGCAUCACUUGCUCCAUUGAGUUCUAGUAAAGAACUAUUUGUUGGAUCAAGUUCAUCGAAGAACGAUAAAGCCACAAAAGACGAAGAUGAAGAAGAAAACGACGACGAGGAAGAUGAUGAGGAAGAGCAAGAUGACAAUAAUAAAAAUACACCUUCAUUAUUCGAAACAGCAGCUGAAUAUGAAGCUAAACGAGCAUCAACUCAUCCAUCAGCUAAUAUUCAAGGUGAUACAUCGACCGGUGAAGAACAUGAAGUAACCAAAUUUCAAAUGGCUGGCAAAUUGUAUAUGUAUAAUCCCGAGCAACAACAAUAUACUGAACGUGGUUAUGGCAUUUUGAAAAUAAAUGAAAGUCAUGAUUCAUCGGAUUGGAAUAUGUUACACGCACGAAUAAUUAUGCGACUUGACAAAGCAUUUCGUGUUAUUCUUAAUUCUCCUAUAUUUCCUCAUAUGACUGUUGAACGACCAACAGAUCGAUCUGUGCGUUUUGGUGCUCAAGAUGAAUCCCAUCUACGAGUCUUUAUUAUCAAAGCUUCAGCAAAUGAUUGUAAUAAUUUAUGUAAAGAAUUACAAUCACGCAUACAAAUAAUUGAACGACAACAACCGUCAUCAAAUGUCAAUACAACUGUUAACAAUAAUACUAUCACAUCAAAUUCUUUAUCUACACAAAAUUCUACGAAUCGUAUUCGUAAAAGAUCUCAUUCAAAUAGUGAUUCGGAUACACCGGAAAGUACGAAUGAUAUAUCAAAAAAAUCUAAAAUAAUUGACGGAUAUCGUGAUGAAAGUAACCAGACAAGCGAUGAAGAUUCUGUAGAAAGUAUCAAAACAGGCGAACAAGAAACUAAUAAUUAA